AUGAAAAAUGGUCAUAAACAUGAAUUACUCAUGCAGAAAUAUGUCAAAAUAUUCGUUGUCGUCUUCCUAUACUGGUUUUGUUCAAUAGGUCUCGUAUUUCUGAACAAGUAUUUGCUAAGCAGUGAGUCGCUUAAGCUCAAUGCACCGUUGUUUGUAACAUGGUAUCAAUGUUUUGUGACAGUGUUGCUGUGUUGUGUUUUUUGUUGGGUUUCUAAACAAUAUCCGUCAUUGGUUACAUUUCCAUUCGUGGGUUUUGAUCACCGGAUAUCGAGAGAGGUAUUACCGCUCUCAUUUGUAUUUGUUGCAAUGAUAGCUACAAAUAAUCUUUGCUUGAAGUAUGUCGGUGUCUCAUUUUAUUACAUUGGGAGGUCGCUUACUACCGUUUUCAAUGUGAUAUGUUCUUAUAUCAUUUUGGGACAGCUAACAUCACUGAAAACAAUUCUAUGCUGUGCAUUAAUCAUUGGUGGUUUUGUUCUCGGCGUGGAUCAGGAAGAUGCUACUGGAACUUUAUCGGUCACUGGUGUCAUAUUUGGUGUAGCAGCGUCAAUGUUUGUUGCCCUGAAUGCCAUUUAUACACAGCGGACUCUUCCAUCGGUUGGCGAUAGUAUUACGCAGCUCACUUUGUACAACAAUAUAAAUGCAUUAGUGUUAUUCAUACCCGUCAUGUUGUUUAGUGGUGACAUUAGUGAAGUGUUUUAUUUCCGUUAUUCUUCUUCCUUACGAUUCUGGACUUUGAUGACAUUAUCUGGUAUUUUUGGUUUUUUAAUGAGCUAUGUUACUGGAUGGCAGAUUCAGGUAACAUCAUCUUUAACACAUAAUAUUAGUGGUACGGCGAAAGCGGCAGCGCAAACUGUUAUUGCAGUUGUAUGGUGGCAGGAGAUGAAAUCACUGCUUUGGUGGAUAAGUAAUGUGAUUGUUCUCGGUGGUUCAGCUAUAUAUACAAUGAUCAAACGAAAAGAAAUGGUUGAUAAGUACGAUACCAAUAAAUCUAAACUAAAUGAAAAUAUCGAGCGACAAGCUGUGCUGUUUGGCCUCAGUGAUGAGGAUGAAACGAGAAAUUCUUAUACGCUUUGCGAGAAUGACAGCGGUCUAUUAAUGGCGAAAUAUCGUGGAUUGUAACUGUUGCGAUAACCCGUGAAACUCAGAACUUUAUCCAGCGGUUGAAUUAAGUGGGAUGCUUUGGAAAAAGUAUCUUUGUUCUCGUUCUCGUCCAAAACACCCAUUUUGGGAGUGCGCCGGUGCAAAUAUCCAAGUAUAUACAAGAGGAUGUAUUAUAAUUCCUUACUGUCAUCUGUCCAUGCGUUCUUAUAAUUUCAAGUAAUCUUUGGGAAGAAUGGAAUGGAAAGAUCUGCUCGAUCUGAUCGUAUAUGGCAUUGACCUUUUGCAAUCCUGUCAGUUUUGUUUCAUGUCUUUCUACAUUUUAUCUCCAAUAUUUUGUAAUAAAUAAUCCAGUGUUAAAGAAAAUUUGGUUUCACCGUGUCAGCUUCAUCUUGGAAAAGUUAUGCCUUAAAUUACAGUAGCAUUUUAACUAGAGC